GCGGCAGUACCGCGAGCGGCAGCGGCGGGAUCGCACCUGACCAGGAAGACAUCUAGCUUGUCCCCCAUCUCAAGACAUGGGGACAAUUGGUAAAAUCCCAGGUCUUCUUAUCGGCCUUUUGUUGGCUUUGACACAUUCAUGGCACAAUGCAGGUGCCCAGGAAAACAUCCACUGGGAAAUUCAACGUUAUGAUGGCUGGUAUAACAACCUCAUGUACCAUAGACACAACUCAGCAGGUUCACGGAUGUCACGUCUACUCCCUGCCAAUUAUGCAGAUGGGGUCUUCAAGGCCCUGCAGGAACCUCAUGUGCCCAAUGCCCGCAGACUUAGCAACGUGGUGGCCCAAGGAGAAUCAGGUCUUCCUUCUCAGAAGAACAGAACAGUGCUUGGUGUUUUCUUCGGAAAGCUACUUUCUGGAAAGAAACGUGGCUUUCCAAAGGAGGCGGAAGAGAACAGCUUAAUGUGGAAGGCUCUCGAUCCAGCUACAGGGAAGGGUGGAACCCAAGGCAUCUUUGACUUUGGAAAUGCCAAAGGAAAUGAAAAUGUUUUCCUGCAAGCCAUGAGUAUCGUGUGGUUCCGCUAUCACAACUACUGGGCAGAAGAACUGGCCAAGCAGAACACAAGCUGGUCAGAUGAGGAUUUAUUCCAACAUGCACGCAAGAGAGUAAUUGCAAUUUACCAGAAUAUUGUGUUUUAUGAGUGGCUGCCAAACAUUUUGGAGAAGACAAGCAUGAAACGUUAUGAAGGUUACAAGCAGCAUGUCGAUUCUCGGAUCUCUCCAGAAUUCCUUGUGGCUUCUGCACUCUUCCUUGGCACUAAAGUCCCACCUGGGGUCUAUAUGAGGAAUUCAAAUUGUUCUUUCCGAAACGUGACUGAUGUAGAUGGACAUUCCUCUCCAGCCCUCCGCCUAUGCAACAACUACUGGAGUCGGCAGAAUCCUAACCUCCAGACAGCUGAAGACGUAGAUGAUCUUCUUCUGGGAAUGAGUUCUCAAAUCGCCGAGAAGGAAGACAACGUUGUGGUCGAAGAUCUCCGAGAUUACUGGUAUGGGACAGUGAAGUUCUCCCGAAUGGAUUUCGUGGCGAGUUGGAUCCAGCGAGGAAGAGAUAUCGGACUAUCUACCUAUAACAAAGUCAGAGAGUUCUUUGGACUUCCACCUGCUAAGAAAUGGACGGAUAUUAACCAGAAGAAUCAAACGAUCCUUGAAUCGACUAAGGAACUCUAUGGUGACAGGCUUGAAAGCCUGGAGCUGCUUCUUGGAGGGAUGUUGGAAGAGAAUGAGGCCCUUUUCCGAGCCAUCCUUGAGGACCAGUUUGUCCGCCUACGAGAUGGAGACCGAUUCUGGUUUGAAAACCCCAAGAAUGGACUAUUCACUUCCGAGGAGAUUGUGGCCAUUAAAAACACGACCUUCAGUCAUGUUCUUGAUGCUGUCAUGAACACAACAAAUAUCCAAAAAGAUGUGUUCACCUGGAAAAAUGGUGAUCCAUGCCUCCAACCCAGGCAGAUGAACUUGGAGGGCCUUCCUCUGUGCAAACAGAUGACCGUCAUAGAUUACUUCCAAGGAAGUCCUGCCGGUUUUGGAAUCCUCAUCGCUGCCCUGUGCUGCUUGCCUUUAGUGAGUCUCUUCAUUGCCUGGAUUGUUGCUUUUUUCCGGAGGAGGUCUUUCCGUAAGUUGCAGAAGAGGCAAAAUCCCACCACUCAUCCAGACGUAUCUGCUGAAGGAACCCAAGCACUUGAAUGGCACGGCUUCAAGAUAGAUACUUCCCUUGUCUACAUCCAACUGAAGGAAGACAAAGUGAUCAAAGUGCUUGAUUGCAAGUUGGCUGUGGUUCGCAGCAUAACCCUCAGAAGCCAGCAGAAAGUGGAGACCAUCAUGUCCAACAACCGAGGCAACAAGACCAUACUUCUGAAGAUUCCUAAAGAAUAUGACCUGGUGUUGCAAUUUAAGGUAGAAGCAGAAUGCAGGGACUUCCUCGGACAUCUGAAAACCUACUUGGAGAGGAAUGAAUUGACGCUCCAAGUGUUCAUGAUGAGCGAACAGCAGCUGCUGAAAAAGGCAGUAACCAAGGAGCAGAGAAAAGAAAUCCUGGAAAUUUUUUUCCGGCAUUCAUUUGCUCAGGUUCUAAACAUUGACAGAUUAGAUGCUGGAGAACUCAAUUUGGAAACAUCUCAGAAAGCCAAGGAAGCCUUAAAGUGUGAACUGAGCCGGGCCGAGUUCGCGGAUGCUCUGGGUCUCAAAUCCCAAUCCGUAUUUGUGGAGUCCAUGUUCUCACUCGCCGACAAAGACGGGAAUGGAUAUCUCUCCUUUCGGGAAUUCCUGGACAUCUUGGUGGUCUUUAUGAAAGGAACCCCCCAGGAGAAGUCCAAGCUGAUGUUUGCCAUGUACGAUAUUGACGGAAAUGGCUUUCUUUCGAAAGGAGAAUUUUUUCGGAUGCUGAGAUCCUUCAUUGAGAUCUCUAACAACUGUCUCUCCCGGGAUCAGACCGAACAGGUUAUUGAAUCCUUGUUCAAAGAAGCAGGAUUUCAGGAUAAGGAAGAGCUCACUUGGGAGGAUUUUCACUACAUGUUGAGGGAUCAUGACAAUGCACUCCAGCGCACUCAACUUUGCAUUAAAGGCGUUCCUGAGAAACUCAAACAAAAUGUAAUCAAUCGUGUGUCCUUCAUUAACAAGGAUCAAGAUAACAAUUCAAAGGUGGAUGUUUACAGCUUGGGUUCUCACCACUACGUCACACUGCUAUUUAUGUGUUCACUGUUUGUUUUGCAUACUUUGGGCCAUGUUGUGAAUGUCUACAUCUUUUCGGUGACCCCACUCAGCAUUUUGUCGUGUCUUUUCUCACACGUAUUUAUGAAUGAUGGAUCACAAUUUCCUCCCAAAUACUACUGGUGGUUUUUUGAGACGGUACCAGGCAUGACUGGAGUGCUAUUACUGGUCAUCCUUGCGAUCAUGUAUGUAUUUGCCACUCAUUAUUUCCGACGAAUCAGCUUUCAAGGAUUCUGGAUCACCCAUCAUCUCUAUGUGGUUCUCUACAUUCUGGUGAUCAUUCAUGGCAGCUACGCUCUGAUCCAGCAGCCUCGCUUUCAUAUUUACUUCAUUAUCCCAGCGCUCAUCUAUGUAGCAGAUAAACUUAUCAGCCUUAGCAGAAAAAAGGUGGAAAUCAGCGUCAUUAAGGCUGAGCUGCUCCCUUCAGGGGUCACCAACCUGCAAUUCCAGAGACCCCAAGACUUUGACUACAGGUCUGGACAAUGGGUACGGAUUGCAUGUUUGUCUCUGGGGACCAAUGAGUACCAUCCUUUCACUCUGACAUCUGCUCCCCAUGAAGACCUGCUAAGCCUACACAUCCGAGCAGCUGGACCUUGGACAACUCGCCUGCGGGAACUCUACUCGCAAGAAAGCAUUGCGGAAAUUGGCAAAUAUCCCAAGCUCUAUCUUGAUGGCCCAUUUGGAGAGGGACACCAGGAAUGGAACAAAUUUGAAGUGUCAGUCCUAGUGGGCGGUGGUAUUGGAGUGACCCCCUUUGCCUCCAUCCUUAAAGACCUUGUCUUCAAGUCUUCUGUUGGCUCCAGGAUCCUAUGUAAGAAGAUCUACUUCAUUUGGGUCACCCGGACACAGCGGCAGUUUGAGUGGGUGGCCGACAUUAUCCGGGAAGUUGAGGAGAACGAUCAACGUGACCUGGUCUCCGUCCACAUCUACAUCACCCAACUGGCCGAGAAGUUCGACCUGCGCACCACCAUGCUAUACAUCUGUGAACGUCACUUCCAGAAGGUCCUCAAUCGAAGCUUGUUCACCGGCCUGCGUUCCAUCACCCACUUUGGACGGCCACCAUUUGUGCCCUUUUUCUGCUCCUUGCAAGAGGUCCACCCAGAGGUACGGAAAAUUGGUGUUUUCAGCUGUGGCCCACCUGGCAUGACCAAGAACGUGGAGAAGGCAUGUCAGAAAAUCAACAAGCGGGAUCAAGCUCACUUUAUACAUCACUAUGAGAAUUUUUAGUUAUUCUCUUUCGAAGACUCGGUUGCGCUUUGCAAGUGUAUAGUUAGAGGUCACUGCUGGCUACGUUCCUUCCUUUCUCUCAACGGGGAAAGGAGGAAGAAACUGCCUUAUUUUCAACAAGGUCUUGGACGAUAUCUUUUAGAUGUUCAGAAAGCCAUACAUUUUGUCUUGUCCAGAACUUUAAUUCGGGUCUCACAGUUGACAAUUAUAAUCAAGAGCCCAUGCUUGGAUUAUUCUGCUGGAAGAAUAAUCUGAACCACUACAAAACAGAGUGAUAUGAUAUUAUUAACACUAAGGCAGCCCUUUUGUUACAAGUGCAGACUGGUUCAGAAUUAACAGGUGACUAAACAGCCUAGAUUACACCUUUGUUACACUCCCUGUCAAUUAUUUAUUCAACAAUCCUUAAUUCACUCCAACAAUUAUAGUCCCUAAAUUGGACAGAGAUGAGUUAUUCUUCCCUUAACCCAAUUUAACCUCGCUGUUUAUCAUGGUAAGCUUCAACAAUGUCUUGUACCUUGAGUUCAAGUAACAUGUGUGGACCUGUUGGAUUUAACUCAGAUUUUACAGGUGACAUUGGCCACAGAGAAGUAGCCAUGAUAGAUAAUUAUAAACAUAGAGUGGAAAAUCUUAUAUAGAAGCUAGAUCAAAUAAACGAUACCCAGCAUGCUGGCUGGGGAAUUCUAGGAGUUGCGAUCCACAUAUCUUAAAAGUCUAUGGAGAUUCUCAGUCAUCCAGGUCACAAUUG